AUGGGGCACCCUGCAAUUUUGGCUGCUUCGCUGGCCCUGCUCCAGCUCCGGGGGUGCCAGAGCGGCACUGCCGAGACACCCCGUGUGCCAGGUGCUUUGUCCCACCAAAAGCCCACCUUGAUGCUGCGUGUGCGGAGUACAGGGAAGUUCAAGCUGCUGGACCAGGACCGGGACAUCCGCGAGCCCGUGCAGUACUUCAACAGCGUGGAGGAGGUGGCCAGCAUCUUCCCGGACCGCGUCUUCGUCAUGGAGGCCAUCACCUUCAGCGUGAAGGUGGUGUCGGGGGAGUUCAGCGAGGACAGCGAGGUGUACAACUUCACGCUGCACGCGGGGGACGAGCUGACGCUGAUGGGCCAAGCGGAGAUCCUCUGCGCCAAGACGGUGAAGGAGAAGUCGCGCUUCAACACCAUCCUGCGGAAGCUGGGCAAGGCGGCGCCGGCGGUGGGGGCCAGGCAAGUGAAGGGCAAGAUGCCCUGCCUGAUCUGCAUGAACCACCGCACCAACGAGAGCCUCAGCCUGCCCUUCCAGUGCAAGGGCCGCUUCAGCACCCGCAGCCCCCUCGAGCUGCGGCUGCAGGAGGGCGAGCACACCAUCCGCAGCAUCAUCGAGAAGGUGCGGCUCCCCGUCAACGUGGCCGUGCCCAGCCGCCCCGCGCGCAACCCCCACGACCCGCACGGCCACUGCUACAAGCUGGUCAGCAUCAUCUCCAAGACGGUGGUGCUGUGCUGCAUCCUCCGCCGGGACGAGCUGGUCCCCUUCCACUUCCUCCUGCUGACUGACAUGCCCCGCUUCCAGCUGCCCGAGGGGCUGCUCGCCGGGGACCCCCAGCUGGAGAAGCUGCUGCGGGACAGUGCCGCAUACUGCCACGACCGCUUCAACCCCGAUGAGUACUCACGGACCGGGAGCUCUGGAGGUCACAGCGUGGAGGUGAACACAGAAGAAAUUCUCUCUUCCAGCAAAGAGCCACCAGGCCCACGCUGGCACGGGAUGGACGUGCCCAACACGCAGUAG